UGCCCGGGGAAGAUGAAGCGACAUAAGCCCAAGAGCGAAGAGCUCUCCGCGGGAUUCCUGGACCGCCGCUGGGGCCGCCCAGCGGCGCCUCUGGCGCCGCCCCUGGCGUCGCCCAUGGCGCGCUCCGCGCGCCAAGGUGGGGAGUCCAGCGCCGAUCCAAGAAGUCCGCUCGGACCUUCCAAGGCUUGGGUUUGUGCUGCAGCUUCCCCUGAUGUGGGCGGUUGCGCCGGCAGCUAUCGGUCUAUUGACGUGCCCGCGUAAUUCGCCUUCCGUGCAUUGACCUGGUGGCACCGAAAGGGCUGGUGACAUCUCGCAUGCGGUCCGCCCGAGCCAGAAGGCUGGUGCACGUGUUUCAAUGACGCAAAUGAGCUGCGGACCUGGAGCUGGAGGGCCAGCGUGUGGAUCGAGGGGAGGGCUGCUGCUGCUGCUGCUGCUGCUGCUGCUGCUGCUGCUGCUCACGGAAGGCGUUCCGGCAAGGGCCUCGCCUUCGGCGCAGCUCGCCCUCGGCGGACGCCGGUGCUUGACAGCCCCCCGGGGCCCGGCGAGGGCCCGCGGAUUGCCGAGCUCGGCCAGGCAUGCCACCGUCGUGCCCAAGGCUGCCACGAAGCUGCCCCCUUCUCGGCGCGCCGCCGGCGAGGGGAUGGUGGGAGGGCAGCGGGAGGGCAGCGCCGCGGGCACCCGACGGCGCCCGGCGUCCUGCCCGCAUUCGGUCUUUACCGCGGCGCGGCGGCCCGCCGCGCUGCUCUAGAACGCGUCGUCAGCCGCGGCGCCUCCAGACCUCCCUCCCUCCAUGCCUCCCUCUUCUGCGAAUCAUGGGUGCCUUCCUCUAUUGUUCUCUGCACGCAUUCACUGCCGGCGACGCACUGCCGCGCCCCGCGCCCGCCUACGGCCCCCCCCCCGAAAGGGGAAGUGCUCGGCCGCACCCAGCUGGAGGCCAGAGGGCGCGCCGCGAUGCGCCGCGCGGCCCGCGCCGGGCACCUGACUGCGCGCUCGCGGGCGAAGGGGGGGGGACA